ACUAUAUUGGGCGUACAUGAGUGCGUCUACGAGAGAUGCCGUCGCUUCGUGUUUCGAGUUUUUGCACGACAGCCGUGAACCUGACAACAGCGCACUCGCGCUCAAGUCGAACAAUCUCCAAGAUAGAUUUAAAACCUUUCAUCGAUUAUCAAAAAUUCAAAAUAUUGCGAAUUCUAUUUGUCUUGAUGGCUCUCGUCUAACCUCUUCUACAGUAGGUUAUGGUGGAACAUGAUGAAAGGUGGCAUCACUGGGGAUGUGUUGGAAGUACGGACGGAGCCGUACUCAUUGAUAUGACGCCAUUUUACUAACCUUUUCGGCGCGGAUCGCGACGAACCACUUAAGGUGCUCCACUUCUUACCGUUUCAAGAGCGUCUGAUUGUUCCGUUUAUCUUUUACAAACCGCGUACGAUUAUACGUAAUUUCAAGCAAUUCGUUCGAGCCGGAGUUUACCGGAAGGAAAUACCGCUGUAACGAAGCAGUGCUAUUAUGGAAGAUGAAGAUGGUGAAAGUAAAGUUGUGGAUAUGUGGAAUAUUUUGGGAGAACAACAAUUUAAGGAUACAUCUCUUGGAAAUUCAUUGAAGUCUUCAAUCGAUAGCACAUAUAGCGAAGUAAUAGAAGGAGAGAAGAAACAAUUAUUACGAUAUAAUUCAAUUGCAUUAAAAGAAUCGCCAGGCAAGAAUAAUAGUACAGGAUCAAAAAUUGUGUUUAAAGGUUUUAAGAAGCGUAUCCUGGCACAAGCUCAAGAAACUCAAACAAAUACAUCAAAAAGUGUAGUGCAAGAAACACAGACAUCGCACUCUAAUGUAUCGUCAAAGAGUAGUAAAGAAAAAAAGGCAGAAAUCAAGCGAGGCAAAAUAACAGAAUAUGCGCAAUAUUUAGGUCUUCAACCUUCAUCAAAGAAUAAGUGUUUAAAGUGUCAUUCAUCAUCAAAUUUGUGUUCUGUACUAAAACAAAAUUUGUGCACUUGUAAUUCCACGAUGACACCAAUGCCCAGCACAUCAGAAUCAUCUACAGCGUCACAUUCUCCAAACUUUAAAAUUACAAGGAAGGUAUAUCUGUGCGCAGCGUGUGGCACAUAUUUUGAAAAUUGGAAUUUAUUUUUACACAUGAGAGACAUACAUAAACGUCAUAUAUGUCUAUUUUGUCUUGGAAUGUUUGGCCAGGCAGAGAGACUGUCAUAUCAUUUAACUAAAAAUCAUAGUGUUCCAGAAAUGGCGUUUACGUCAGUCGAAGAUUUUUAUGGUGCUUUUAAAGGAUCUUGUUAUUUAGUUUGUUGCACAUGUGAAAAAGUUUUCUCAGAAACAGAUAAUUUUUAUAAUCACUUUUGUUCACCAGCAACGAAACAAGAUGUUACUGCAUCUAUAUGUACUUUGUGCAGACAAACGGGUUCACAUGCAAGUACAUGCAGUUUAGCUGUUGAUACAAGUAAAGAAGUAAAUUCUGCAGUAUCACCUCCUACACAAACAGGUGUAAUAUCAACGCAUAUACUUGAUAGGCCUGUGAAUACUGGAAAUAAGUUAGUUUCAAGGAAAUCAAUAAAAAAUAAUAGGUCUAAACACAUAGAGGAUGGUGUCAUUGUUCAUCAAAAAGGACAUACACAUGUAAGGAAGACAAACAAUAAAACUGGGUCGCAAUUAAAUGAAAGUCCACCUUUUAGUGAUAUAAAUAGCGGUGAAAAUUCUCAAAACGAAGUUCACAAUGUAAUUAAGGAUACAGUUUCCGAGACAAUAAUGGAAGUCUCAAAAUGCGUUGAAGAUUCUUAUGAAGAAAAAGAAGAAACAACUGAAAAGGAAGUUUCUGAAAACGAUUUUGAAAUGAGUUCACCAAUCAGCCAUAAUAAGCCAUAUGAUAGUGUAAUAGAAACUAUUAUGGAAGUUUCUCGUUGUACAGAUAACGUGCAAAAUUCAAGACUCUUACUUGAGAAAGAAGAUGCGAGUUCAAAUGAUGGAUCUGAUAAGGUAGAAUCGGAUUCUGAUGAAGUAGUCAAACACGAUACAGAGAUUGCGAAUACAGUGGAAAGUAAUAGUAGAACAAAUGAACAGAAAAUUGAUAUAGAACAGCAAGAAAUAGAAAAAAAUGUAACCGAAGAUGAAACAGUGGAGGCUGCAUUGGACAGAAGAUCUGAAUCUAGUUCACAUACUCCUGAAAGUCCUGCUCAUAGUCCCAUUAAUCGUUCAUUGUUUAGUCCUCAACACGAAUUACAUACAUCAGAGUUACAAACUAAAGAAGAAAGUUGUAAAAGUGAAACUACAGAAAAUGUUGAUAUACCUAAUGAAUCUCAAUCUUCAGUUUCCUUCAAUGCUGUUCCUUCUUCCGAUAGGAGUUUAGUUAUAAAAAUAUGUACCAAUAGAAAUUCUCAAUUUUCUGUUGCAUCUAAUAACGAUGAUACAGAAAAUCAUGAUACUAGUAAGGAAUCGGAGGAAAAUAAUAAUGCUGAAAGCCCAUUAAUGGAAGAUAAAACAUCUAACGCAUUAGAUACAGAAAGGGACAAUAAUAACAGUGAUCAGGUGAAUGAUGGUGACAGUGAUUCUGAUAGUUUCAAAUUAGCUGUAGUGGACUCUAAUCCUGAUGAGAUUGAGGAAGCCGAAGAAGAAACUGAUGAAGUAAAUAUGUUAGAAACUAAAAGUAAUUCGAAUACGGAUAUAGAAGAAAAUGGAAGGCAAACAAACGAAAUUAUAGAUGAAACAGCUGAGGUAGACACAAAUGAGAAGCACAAGGUAGAUGAGGAAAUUAACAAUGAAAAUCAUAACGAGAUAAAUAAUGUACAAUCUCAAGCACAGCCAAGUGACGGAAUUGUUCUGGCUGGAGAGGAUGUUCCUUCUAUCGAUCUUAACGUCGAUGGAAUAUUGGACACUAUAGAGAUAGAGGAUUUAUUGAAACAUUGCAUAGAAGCAGCUAGUCCCAUUUGCGUAUACUGCAAUCAUGCACGCCAUAUAGCAGUGAAUGGUAAACAAUUAGGAUUACACAUGCUCGCAGAACAUAAAUUCCAACCUCAGCAUCCUGCUAUUAUAAUCCAAGCAGAACAGUUUAUCAAUAGAGUAAAAAAGUCCCUCGAUGAAUUAGACUUCCAUUUCUUUAAUCUAGAUUCUUAUAAUAGCACUACUGGUACCUAUAAUGUUCCAAAUGUACGAACAUACGAAUGUUUUCAUUGUAGAUUUCAUUCUGCCGUACACAAGGAACUUUACUUGCAUAAUCGGAAAAUGCAUCAAAAGACAAUCUUAAUUUGUAUAAUGUGUAAAUCUACUUUCUAUAGUUAUAGUGAAUUACUUUGUCACUUAUGUCCUGGCACAUAUUCUCCAAAUAUCAAUGUCAAGUACAGGUGUUGCCUUUGCCCAAUGGGAAGUCUACCAUCUGCAUUCAGGCUCAUGGUGCAUCUACGAAAAAGGCAUCAUGCGUGUGAUGUCUGUUUAGAAUCUACCGGGAAUCAGCAACGUCUUUCAAAUCACGUUUGGAAACAUAAGCUGCACCAUUUAUGUUAUAGAUGUGGUAUCGCAUACAGAAAUAAGCCUGAUAUUACGAAACAUUUAUUUUGGAAACACGGGACAGAAAGUGUGUUGUGUAAGAAAUGUUUACAGAAGAAAUGGCCACAUAUUUAUCAUUUUUGUAUACCACCCACUGCUUUCGUUUGCGAGGAAUGCGGAUCCAGUUUUUCCAGAGCUGUUGCUCUAAAAGUGCACAAAAGGUUACAUUCUGGAGAUCAACCAUACUCGUGCAGUGAAUGUUCUGAACGCUUUAUCUCUCGAAAACUAUUGACUAAGCAUGAAAAUGCUCAUAAAGAACCGCCACCUACUAGCACAAACUUGACAGAUUCGAUGAAUCAGCAAUUGGCAAUUGACGACGAAAAAAAUGAAAAGGAGAACAUCGUUUCAAUUGACAGUAUUGCCACCGCAACUGAUUCUACGAAGGAGCCUAAAGAGCCUGUGAAGAAAGUCGUCGAUGUAUACGAUCUACCGCCCCUGAACCUUUCUUCUGAAAGCGACACAGACUCCGAGGAAGAGAAGACAGAGGCGAAAGAAUCUAAAGAGACUGAGAAAACUGAGAAAACCGAGGAAACUGAAAAAACUGAAACAGUCGAAGAAACUGCAGCGUCUCCUGUGAAUCCGAAAUCUGCCUCACCUGUGCCACCUUCGGACAGCAUAGUGGAGGUCGAACAAAACGAUGAAGAGAAGGAACAAGGUGCGCAAAUCAUGGAUGGCAUUUGGGAUAACUUCAAAACGUACACGGCCAGUUUGCAGAUGAAGGAAUCGGGCAGCGAUUUCACGAUAAAAGAACAGGAACCGGAGACCGAUGUGGAAUACUUGAAGAGUAUAAUACUAGCCGACCACGAUUACUGUGUAAUAUGGUCUGACAAAGAGAAAGAUGGAGAAUCGAAGCCUAAAGCGGAAGAAAAGGAAGAGGUAAACUUAAGUGGUGAUCAAGACUACGCGGGCAAAGCGCAGCAGAGCCCAUCGGGUAGCAACGGAAUACAAAGUGUUGGUGAAAGCGAUCCGAACCGGAAGAAGGUGAAAAGUCCAAAGAAAAAGAAGCAGAGCGGUAGCACGUCAUCGAGCGACUCAUCUAGCGAUAGUGACUCGAGUAGUUGUUCUUGUGGAACGAACUGUAGCUGUAGUAGUUCCUCGUCGGGUAGUUCUUCCAGUUCCAGCAGUAGUUCCGACUCGGACAGUUCCACUUCGGAUGGUUCUCCGAAGAAACAGUCGAGUCGCAAGGAACGGAAGAAGGAAAAGGAAGCUGCACAGGAUGCAGAGUCCGCAGCCGUCGACGUGGACAACAAGGGAGCACUCGCGGAGAUGGAGAACGGAGAAGCAGCGAUUUCAGCCGACCCGGUCUGUCAGCCGCAGCUUUUGCUGAGGGAGUCCGACUUGGAAACCGACGAGACAGAGACAGACGAGGAUUUCUACGACGAGCAUCCGCAGCAACUCGCGAACAAGUUGCUCGCCGAGAAACGGAACCAGCUUCUGCUCUUAGCGGCGGUCGCGCCGGCAUCCACGGAAUCUGCCAUGCCGCUGAACAACGGUUUAACAGACGCGGAGACCGCGAUCCCCUCGCCGAACCCAAUUCCCGGGACCACGGAGGACCAGCAGCAGUUGCAGCAGCAGAAGAGGAAAGUAAAGACGAAGAAGCGGAAAAAGGGCGAGAGGGCGAAGCAGCGGAACACUGCAGUGCCGGCCAUGGAGUCCAUCAAAUUAAACAUUCCUAAAGCGUUUUACCAAAAGAAUCCGGGCUUCUCGGCCUCGUCACCGGGCAUGAUGCAGCAAGGCAUGGCCGCGGCGACGGUGCCGGGCAUGUCCGCGAAUGAUAUGCACUCGAUGAAUGCGGUCAUGGAGCCCCAAACGAUAGGGAGGACUGGACAAGCUAUCAGCGGCAGUGGUUCCGAGACGGAGAACAAGCGUUCGUCGAAGCGGAAACGGGUGCCGAAACGGUUUUACGGGGAUUCCAGUGACGAGGAGGUGGAGAAGCAGCCGACGAUGAAGUGGAGGAAGAUGGAGACACCGGCGUUCGCGGCGGUGCCGAGCAGCAUGAAGCCGUUGCCGGCGAGACUGUCCUACGGCGGCAAGACGGUAGCGUACAGGCCGAUCGAGAGCCAGCAGGAAAGCCUGAGGAUCGCCACGGCUUCGGCGACCGAGUCUGAGGAGCCGGCCGAUAGCAGCAGCGAUUCCAGCGACACGGAGGUCGAGGCUAGCCAGCAAAUACAGGCGCGCCUGCCGGAGAGCAACGCGCCGAUAACCGAGCGGCCGGUGAAUCUCUACUGUUACUGUCAGUGCCCGUACGACGAGGUCUCGGAGAUGAUCGCCUGUGACGGCGAAGACUGUCGCAUCGAAUGGUUUCACUUCGAGUGUGUCGGCAUCAUGGUACCACCGAAGGGCAAGUGGUACUGCCCGGACUGUAGAAAGAAACACGGUAUUGUGCAGAACAGCGAGGACUACUUCGACUGAUAGCAGCGGAUGGUGUCCGCGUGUUGAAAUUGCUUUCUAGGCGUACCCCUGACGACGACCGGUCAAUUUUCUCUCCCCAGCCUUGCCAGGCCCUUGGACGACCCGUCCGGUCUAUGUUUGGUUGCUCAGAGCAUUCUUCCGGUGGGAAAGCGUUUGAUAGUUUUGAAAAUUCGUGUGGCGCUGUGAAUUAACUUGAAUCACGCACGUUCGCGUGGAAGUAAAAUCGGUGUUCUUGAGAGUCUAGGCUCGCUAACAUUUGUAUAUAAUACAGCAUUGACAGUAUUACGGAAAGAGUCGAAUGUGGAUGAACUGAAAAAAGAAUAUAAAAAUCGUCUUAGGUUUGGAUACAUUUGUUGUGAGGUUGUAUUUUAGAGAAAGUAUAAUCUAGUCUUUAGAAUAGAUUUGGAAAUUUCGGUUCAACCUUGCGAUUGCGGAACGAACAUUGAUUUCAGAAUGUUUGAGAGUGUCGCGAGUACUAUUAAGUAAAUGCUAAUCGAAAGUUUUCACAGUUGUUACUCUUUUCUAUGCUUUUUAUAUUCUUUUUUCGUAUGCGUGGAUAAAGAUCGAGGAAGAUAGACGAUAACAGCUUUAGCCUUUCAGAGUUGAAUAUAAUGUUUCUAAAUUUUUCCAAAUUUUCAGACUUUUGCAAGAUAAGGAAAUGAAACGAACAUCUGGCGACGCGUUCGAGCGUCGAGAAAAUAUAAUUACUCAAAUAUACGUCGAACGCGUAAUAAAAAUAAGUCGUUUUGAAUACUGUUUAAAGUUCAGAUCUUUUAAACAUAUUGAACACCCGACGAAAUAUAUUGUCAUAAUAAACGUUUUCAUGAACUAAACGAAUUUUGCUUUAACAUUAAUAAGCAUGAGAGACUUGUAAUUCUAUUCUGACUUUAUGCAUGCAUAAUCUUAAAAGAAAAUUCGUUAUUUCGAGGCUCUUAAGAAAUACUUCUUUUCCUAAAGAAUCGUUAAAGACUUUAAAGACACGCGUCGCUUCAACGUUUUCAUACGAUUCCCGUGCUUCGAGUAACACUCUAUUUAAUUGAUAUUCUCGAGCGCAAACCAGUCAGGGCGAGGCCGGUCGAAACGAGAGGAAAUUGAGACGUCGCCAUUGGACUCUCAAGAAACGUUCUCCUUCUUUUAUCUUCGUAAAACAAACGAAUCGUACACUGUUCCACGUUGAUAUUUUUCUUAAGCUGAUAUAACGGUAUAACAAAGAAAUGUUUGUAUAUAACUUGUACAUACGCCAUUAGUGUUAAAAGAGAGAAAGAGAGAGAGAGAGAGAGCGUGCGCGAAAGAGUGAGCGAGUGAGCAAGAGAGAGGGAGAGAAAGAGAGAGAGAGAACGAAAGAGCGAGAGAAAAAGAGAGAGAGAAUAACAAACACUGACACAUACACGUAUCCACAAUACACAAGUACACAGUGAAGUAAGGUUUUUUGUGUACAUUUGUUUGUACUUCUUUUAAAAACGACGUGAAAGAGAGAAAGAGAGAGCGAGAAAGCGAAAGAGCGAAAGAGCGAAAGAGCGCGAGAGAGAGAGAGAGAGAGAGAGA